AUGGGUGGCAAGCCCCUGGCGGUGUUUGAGUCUGGCGCCAUCCUGCUGUACCUGUCUGAAAAGGCGGGAGGGAAGCUUCUGCCCUCGGACCCCGCACUCAAGUGGGAGGCGCUGAGCUGGCUGUUCUGGCAGAUCGGCGGGGUCGGCCCCAUGUUCGGCCAAUUCGGCCACUUCCACAAGCACGCCCCUGAGAGGGUGGAGUACGGCAUCAACCGAUACAGCACAGAGCAGCCUCAGCCACCACAGCAGCAGAAGCAGCAGAAGCAGCAGAAGCAGCAGAAGCAGCAGAAGCAGCAGAAGCAGCAAAAGCAGCAGAAGCAGCAGAAGCAGCAGAAGCAGCAGAAGCAGCAGAAGCAGCAGAAGCAGCAGAAGCAGCAGCAGCGGCGGCCGCUGCCCUUGCCUGUGAAGCGUCUGCUGGCGGUGCUGGAGAAGCAGCUGGAGGGGCGGGAUUACAUAAUCGGGUCAGAGUACACCCUGGCUGACGUGGCCACGUUCCCGUGGGUGCGCGUGCUGGGCCUGGAGGCCGGCUUUGACGCGGGGGAGCUGCUGGGGCUGGACAGCUACAAGAACGUCAAGGCCUGGCUCGCGCGCUGCGAGGCGCGGCCCGCCACACAGGCCGGCCUGAAGGUGACGCCGUUUACAUGA